GGUUAAUUGAAUUAGACAUCGAUCGGCGAGCGGCAGCCAGUAUUGGGCAAAAACACAGCAAUGGCGCUACCUCUCAACAAGACUCGAUUACUGUACUUGGAAGCACAACUGCACAACAGCGCCGAAUCGUUGAAUCCCGGCGAUCACAUCGGGACAGUCGUUCAGGUCACCAUCAAAAGCAGAAACCCAAGUCCUUCGAAGGUGGAAUUGGCCAUAUUCGCUAUAGAGCAGCAUGAUAUCACGACGGCCAUAGAGACACUACUACUUGGACACGUCAACGGUUCCGACUCGGAGAAGCUUCCAAAGCGAGUGGUCAUUCGAGAAGACAGGCUGCUGGGGUACGUUCUUGUUGGCGAGCGACGGAAAUGGACGUACGGACAACGCAAACAAUUCUACUGGGGCAGAUAUCCGUUAAGGAGUAGCGAAGAUAAAUGGAUAUUCUACUUCGAGACCACGAAAUUGCCAGUUAACUAUACAGGGCGUCAAGUAUGAAAAAGGUACUAUCGGCUUUGUAUUCCACCAUGUUGUUCAUACAAACUGUAUCCAUACAUUCCCCAUAUUUACGCAGCCAAUUGCUGAAACAAAAAAUGCCUAUAAGAAAG